AUGGAGCUGCAACGACACGCACCCAAAAUCGUGAAGUUGGAGCGUGUCCUGGGUCUCACGUCAAGCUCCAAUACUGCUAUCGCCCAAGACCCAAACACAGGAUCUCUCGCUUAUGCAGCGGGGUGCGUUAUCGUAGUGUUUUCGCCUUUGAAACCACCGCCCAUGCCAAGUAAUGGUGCGACGCCGAGUAAGAAUCGACAAUGGAAAUACUUGCAGAGCAACAGCAGGAAAACCAUAACAUGCCUCGCAUUCUCAAAAGAUGGGAUGUUCUUGGCAUCUGGAGAAUGCGGGCACAAUCCUUGCGUACGGGUAUGGGAUGUCGCACUGCGUGUGGAGCAUGCCGUCUUCAUGGGUCAUAAAUUCGGCAUAAAUUGCGUUGCUUUUUCCCCUGCCCAAAAAUAUUUGGUAUCUGUUGGAGCACAGCACGAUCAGAUCGUCAAUGUCUGGGAUUGGAAGCAUAAAGCAAAAGUCGCGAGCAAUCGUGUUUCAACGAAGGUUAAAGCCGUCGAUUUUUCCGAGAACGGAUGUUAUUUUGUCACCGUAGGCAAUCGACACGUGAAGUUUUGGUAUUUGGAUUACUCUAGGGGAAACAAGAAGAUUAAAGACCCCGUACCUUUAACUGGACGGUCUGCAAUCCUCGGCGAGCAAGGCAACAAUUAUUUUGUUGAUGUUUGUUGUGGUGUUGGUGAUGCUGGUGACUCAACUUUUGCCGUGACAAAGUCUGGGUUACUUUGCGAAUUCAACAAUAGACGUUUGUUGGACCGCUGGGUUGAGUUGCGGACCAAAUGUGCCCAUGGGUUGAGCGUGGGUUCGUCAUCCGUGUUCAUUGGAUGUGACGACGGUAUUGUUCGCUGCUUUGAUCCUUCGACGCUGAAGUUUAGAAUGACUUUACCUCGUCCCCAUUACCUUGGAGUUGAUGUUUCUAAAGGUCUUUCGGUCAACCACAUGGCUACUCAGCCUUCAGACGCCGUUUACCCCAGUUGCGUUGGUGUCAAGUAUGAUCAAGUUCAUGAGAGAGUGAGCUGUAUCUACAACGACCAUUCCCUGUAUGUCUGGGACGUGACAAACCAACACCAAGUGGGCAAAAGCCAUAGUUUUUUAUUUCACUCGGGCUGUAUUUGGGGUAUUGAGGGCUAUCCGACGGUGGGAGAUGGAGUGAAAGCCCUAUUGCCAUUUGGAACGUUUUUCACAUGCUCUUCGGAUGAUACUAUUCGGAUUUGGAACUUGAACCCGAAGAUGCCGACUAACACGCUUUAUAAGCGGAAUAUAUAUUCUAAUGAGCUGUUGAAAGUUUUGUAUGUCGACAAAGCCAUGACUCACCUUUGUGAUAAGAAUCAGCAUAUCUUCGGAUCGCCUGGGAAGGCUGGUGGAGAAGACUCAGUGUUCGACUCCUCAAAUGGCGUACGUUGCCUUAAAAUUUCAUAUGACGGAAAACACUUGGCUUCGGGUGACAGAAGUGGCAUCAUUCGGGUUCAUGAGAUGCAAUUUAUGGAUGAGGUUGUGCGCAUUGAAGCCCACGAAGCCGAAGUAUUAGCUUUGGAAUACAGUCGUCCCGAAAGCCCGGCAGCGAAAGAAACGAAACAACGUAGUUUCUUAGCCUCUGCCUCACGGGAUCGCUUAAUUCAUGUAUUCGAGGUUCACAAGGAAUACGAUGCUGCGCAAACAUUGUCUGAUCAUUCUGCGUCGAUAACAUCCGUUCGAUUUGUUCAACCUGUCGAAGGCGGACUGCGCUUGUUGUCCUGUGGUGCAGACAGAUCCGUAAUUUUCCGCGAAGCGGAUGAGCCGGUGACGGGGAAGCCUGUUGAAUUCAGUAGGUAUCAUAUUGUUACCGGGAAGAACACCUUAUACGACAUGGAAGUGGACAUGUCCGGGCAACAUUUGCUCACCGCGUGUCAGGACCGUUGCGUGCGUGUGUAUUCUUUGCCGACAGGUAAACAUAUUCGCACCUUCAAGGGAUCACAAGCUGAAGAAGGUACUCUUAUAAAGAUUGUCUUGGAUCCGAGUGGCAUGUACCUUGCGACAAGUUCCACUGACAAAACUUUAUGUAUCUACGACUAUUGCACCGGAGAUGUUAUGGCAGUGAUGACUGGCCAUGCUGAAAUCGUCACAGGCCUGCUUUUCUCCGCCGACUGCAAGCAUCUGAUAUCGGUUUCUGGUGAUGGAUGCAUAUUUGUUUGGCGUCUGUCUUCCGACAUGACACGUGCUAUGAUCAGUCGCCUGAAGCAGCAGCCAGCAAGACGAACCACUUCGCAUCGCAUUCCUCUCGCGCCGACGGAAAACGUGUUGGAAUCACUGCAGAAUUCGAAGAAUGGUUUCAUGAAAGAGGAUGAUUCCACGCAAUACAAGUUCAACAUUGGCCAGUUACCAUCAUGGGCAAAGAAACAGAUCGAAACCAUGAAUGCCAAAUCUUUGAGAUCUGCCAGAUCCGAUCUGAACGUCAACGGGAACGCGAAUGUUCGUGGAUCUGAAUUUCCGAAAGGCAGAUGGGCCCAACGAAUUGAUAAUUCUAGUUCCCAGUCACUCACUGUACGCUCCCAUCAUUUCUCCGACACAUCCAUCCCGUUUCCUGUUGCACCGGGUCCACAUGAUUCUGAGUCGUCAAAAGAUAGCUCAUCAUUGGAGAGCGCUGGAAAUCCAUUCGAAGCGAAAGAAAAGGACGGAUGUGAUUCCCCAUAUCUGAAUCGAUAUGGAACGUACGAAAGCUAUAUCAAGGAUUUGGAAAUCUGUGAGGUUCCGAGGAAUCCGUUUCGGCGAGCGAAUGAAGACAGUAAGAGACAUUUCACGGAUGAUAGCAGCGUUAAUAGUUUCCCGUUGGAGGGCGGAGAAACUGAACACGAAGGUGAUAUUGAUGAAGAUUUUUCUGAUACCGAAGAAUCUGGCGAAGAACUGCGACGUGAUGAACCCACGCUUUACAUUCCCCAUAAUUUGGAAUCAAAUUUAACUUAUACCGUGAAUGAAAUGGAUGAAGAGGAGUUGAGGAAAUCUCGCCGUAAACGACAUGCCCGACGUCAGUCAGAUAUCCAAAAUCUGUAUUCCACUUCUGUUUCGGGUAGCCAAGAAAGUGAUCUUGACACUGACUUCGUCGAGAGAAUGGAUAAACUCAGAGAAGAUCAGCUGCAUUCCACUACCCCGUCCACUCCUACGGCCGAUCCGUCUGAAAGAAAUAUCCACGGUCUCAGUGUGAGCACGGAAAGCUUGGAUCAGUUGAAACAACGAGAAGUUUACAUGCUACGGAACUACGACAGUUUAUCCGAGCAACGAACUGCGCAAUUCACACCACGUGGUUCAAUGGACAGUGGAAAAACCAUGUCAUCAAAGUUUUAUUCGACUCAGUAUGCCCGCGGAGAUAUCGAAGUUAAUGGAGACUAUCAUAUAAGCACCAGUCGGAAAUCAUCCAUAAAAAAUGCUGACAUCAUUGAGCAGGUCUUGGAACCACAAAGACGUGGUUCGCUUAAACGACAAGAAUUGAUCAAGCAAAUUGAAGAAAGCAAACGGAAAUUGGCAAGUCUUGGUUGCACCAGCCUUCGCGGGAGCAGGAGCAUCUCGGAUUUGAGCAGGGUGCCUGAUUCGGAUGUUGAAUCAAGCGGGGCGCCAUCUCUCCAAGCACCUUUAGGAUCAUCUGCCCUCAGCAUUUCCCCAGGUAAAAAAUUUCUCGGAUCAAUACUCCCGCAAUACAUUCAGAGCUUGCGCAAGAAAGCCACUCUGCUUCCGGGAUUGUCGAAGCUUCGUCGCGGAUCAUCGGACGGUAAUUUGUUGAACCGAACCUCGGGCAACUGCCUUUCCGUAAUCGCGAAUGGCUGGCCGGAUCGCGCGAAAGAAGCCCCCGAGCCAGUAAUUCAAACCGUGGUCAGUAUGCCCGAUUUAUUGCGCGCGGAUAUUGGGUCAAUUGUCGACGUGGCCCAGAUUCCAGACCGCGGUGCGAAGAAAAGGCUACGAUGGCACAGACUGAGCUGUCCAGAAACUAUUCCCGAAAACAUCGAGCCUGAUCCUCGGCGGUUCACCGCCCAGGACCCCGCUGGAGACCUCGAUCUUUUUCCUGAGCGUCUGCAGCCCAGCACUCCUGAAGUACCAGUUCAAAAGCUUUCAUAUUUUUUGGAAAAUAAGCCAAAGCCACUAACGAUUCCAGUGGUGGUUGGCAGUAGCGAGAGUGUAGACGAUGGUUACGUGAGCCCGGAGGCGCCGCUCCGGACGCCAGGAUUUCCGGGUUGGCCGUCAAGUCCCGGGUUGUUAUCAGAGAGAUUGAAACGAAAUCGACAGCGUUGCAUCUCGGGUGCCGGGAAGAAUGCGGAGCCAAACAGCAGUGAGCGAACGGCGAGUUCCGCCAUGUCGAGCGACUCUUGCUACUUUUCUAGUUCGCCGUCGCCGCACUCGUUCCCUGUACAUGCCAAUCGCGCGUUGAGGAAACUAGUUGCGAGGAACGGGCUCUUGCCGGACUUAUUACCUCCGAAAGGAGCCGUUCGGCCGCACGUUUUGAACUAUUGUGUUUCAGGCAUGCGAGACAGUGGGGCAUUACGUAGGGCUUGUUCUUUGUCCGAUCUGACGAACCCGUGGAUACCCCCAAGACGGAUUCUACCGUCUCCACCUUCGCAGGGAAAAUCUCAUCGUUCCUCGUCCCGUGGAGCAGUAGAGGAACAAGGGCCGCUGCAGCGUGCGCCUUCCAUGGGAACUUUGCAAAGCGGGAGUGGGAAUUUCAUGAGAAGCACAUUGUCUUCUACCCAGAAAACAAGAGGUGGUAGUCAGAAUGCUGGUGUGAAUGAGCCGAGACGACGAUCGAAAAGUCAAGUUAUGUCAUUGUCGCAGUCAAUCGGGGACCUGCGCAACCGACGCGUGUUGGAUGACGAUUCUAGUUCGGAGGAAAACCUUGGCGCAGGAAAACCUGCUCAAGUACUACAAAGUCGCCGGAAUAACAUCGGAGGAAGUGAACUGAAUCUCGCCCUUCGUGACAGCCACGAUAGCCGCUUAUCUGCGGGAACCUCUGCCCGCUCUGUGCGGAGCUCAGCUCCAGACGUUCGAAAAUUAUCCAAUGUGAGACGGAAGGGAACUCCUGUCACGCGGCAGAUAUGCGAUAAAGCAAUGUCCGACCUGCGUUGCGUUACCCACAACGUUGUGCAGUUGUUCAAAAAGAUAGAAGGUGACCCGGCGUGUGCUGAAAAUGAAAAACGGGUCAUGUUACACAACCUGGGACAAGCUGCGUUUGGGGUUUGUGAGGAGCUGAAUCAAAUCGUAGCGAAAGCAGACGUGGGAACUGCAGCGCUGUUUCCAUCCCCGAUUGCAUCAGGGCCCGCCCUGAAUCCAGCUAAUAACUUGGCAGGUCUGACAAUGCCGAUGGGAAAUCCAGUCAUGGUUCAGUUUAUGCAACAGUUUGUAUCAAUGAUGCAACAGCAGCCAGUUGCAGGAAUGGAACAAUUUCCUGCUACAUUUCCUGACAAGAACAGGAACGAUGGGCCAAGUUAGUUGGCUGCGGACGUUUGAAAGGGUUUUCUGUGAUUUGGAAGAGAGCGGCCUUUGUGGGAGAAUUUCGAGAGAAGAAUUUUGUUCAUGAUCAUGUCGCAAUUGAAAUAGCUGUUCUUCUGAUUGAGGGAUUCUCAUGUGCUGAGGAGCUCACAGUUUCUGAAGUCUCGUGAAUCUGAUUCUGUCGCAAUUGAUUUCAAUUGGCAAACAAAUCGGUGCCAUACCAACUGGCCUUUGUGAUUUCGAAUUCGAUUGAAACUGCCCACCCUUCAUCUUCCAGCAAAACGCAGUAUUAGCGAUUUUCAUAUGUUAAUUUUUAGCUUAUGGAGUACCUAAUAAUAUUCCACAAACUCUUUGCUAACUUGGGAAAGCGUUGGGAUUUGAAAAAGUCCUGAAAAAUGAUUUAGAGCGUUCGUUUUGCUGCUGCAGUUAGUUCAAAUUAGCGUCUGCGUACUUAUUUUGUUUGCUUCUUGCGGAUUAUUCAGACGUCACUUUGAUCAACGAACGUUGUGAUGUUCCAGCUUGAUAUUUGCGAGGACCAUGAUUUAAGCGUCGCUUGCUGAUUGUGAAAACACCAAGCAUUUCUGCCUGUCAUAAUCUUUGUGCCAAUAGCUGCGAUAAUUUAGGGAUAUUUUAUUCUUUGCUUCUUUUGUUAUGAGAGGGUCGGCUUUGCUGUUUGGCCUGACGGAGCCAUAGGAAUGCUAGUGCCAUGUUAGACCAGCGUAUGCUCGCCAUUAUUUUAUUAUGCGGUUUAUAUUCAGUAAAUUGUUUGAGUUGAAUGAUAUUUAAAUACAAUCCAGAAGGAUUUCUUAAUGAAUCUUGGCAAGGUAUUCUUGAUGAAGUUCAUAAUUGCAUUGCCAUAUUGAAUUAAAUAAUAUUGGUGUGAUUUUUGUUUUGUUUCGUGCAUGUUUCCGUAAGCUUUGUUGAUUUUCAAGUGUUUUGUUGGCUGUUAGAUCAUGAUGGAUAUCACAUUCAGAAUAUUGCUGCAACACUUCCGGAGUCGUUUUGGGAGUCAAUGGCAAAGUUUUCUCGUCAUUUGUUGAUGCUUUUCAUUUAUUUUCCAACUGAAAAACCGUUUGCGUUGAUUCGCUUUGAUUUGUGGAUGCUGAAUGGAAAAAAGGAAAGGAAAUAUAAUUUUAAAAUCUAAUUUUUUCAUUUGA